AUGUCGCACACCCUACUACCUCGGUCACUGCAGAUGAUGACCACGCGACACAUCCUCAACGCCAGCACCUUGCCCUCAAUACCUCGCUACCGUCCUCAUCGAUCGCUGCCGUCUCUCAACCCGAUCCGCCUGCGAGCAUACCAGACCAAAGUCAUACCUACUACAACGAGCAAUGAGCUGGCUCCCAUAACCAUAGCUCCACAACAUCCUCUACCUCCUUGGGCAAACAAAUUACCAAAAGCUCUACGAUGGACUCAUCCCUACGUUUCGCUGGCGAGGAUGGACAAACCGAUUGGCACCUGGCUGUUAUACUGGCCGUGUGGUAGCUCAACUCCCGACUCAAGCCAUCACAUGCGAGACAAUUUGUACUCAUCCGGCCUGAUCUGCUUAUCACAGCUUGGAGCUUGACCAUGGCCGCCUAUUCGUCGGCGUUACCACCCCUAUCCUUAACUUGGAACUUGGCCCUCUUCGGCACCGGAGCUUUGAUUAUGCGCGGUGCAGGGUGUACGAUCAAUGAUCUAUGGGAUCGUGAUAUAGAUCCGAAAGUCGGUCAGUACACUUCCUUCCCGCUCCCGUGCCGAAGGACCCUUUUGGUCUUUUGCUUAAAUUGCCGCGCCACUGCACGCCAGAACGAACCAAACUUCGUCCACUAGCUUCGGGAGAAAUUCGUCCGUUUCAAGCAUUUUCCUUCUUGGGACUACAACUUUCGGUCGGGCUGGGUAUUCUGACCCAACUCAACUGGUACAGGUGCGUCCCGAAUUGUCAUCAUCCCCCGAGCCUCAGUGAAGCCUCACCGAGCUGAAAACCCCUCUUUUGGACACAGCAUCAGUCUCGGAGCCUCGUCUCUCUCGCUCGUCGUCCUCUACCCCCUCAUGAAACGUAUCACCUACUGGCCACAGCUUGUCCUCGGACUCGCAUUCAAUUGGGGUGCUCUUCUCGGAUCCUCCGCAAUCCUUAACCACGUCGACCUCCCCGUCGCCCUCCCCCUUUACGUCGGUUCAGUCGCCUGGACGAUCGCCUAUGACACCAUCUACGCCCAUCAGGAUAAAGUCGAUGAUGUCGAUACGGGAGUCAAAUCAACGGCUCUGUUGUUUGGUCAACAGACUAAACCCAUCUUGACGGGAUUUUCUACCGUUUUCGUGGGACUCUUAGCCACCUCGGGAUGGAUGAAUGGACAAGGACUUGGCUUUUGGACGUUGAGUGUGGGGGGAGCGGCAUGGCAUCUCUUCAAUCAAAUCAGAAAGGUCGAUUUGGAUUCGAGGCAGAGUUGUUGGGAGACGUUCGCUAGUAAUCGCAAUCUGGGGGCGAUCGUGUGGAGUGGGCUGAUGCUCGAUUAUACGGCCAUGAUGCUCGAUAUUGAUCCAACGUUGGCUUCGGCUCUGUAA